CAAUGAAGGGCCCUCCUUCAGAAGACUUCCCUCCCCAAAUAAGGCUCUCUGAGAAGAUCCCUCCAGUUAAACCUUGCUUUAAGAAGAAGCAGCAAGCACAGAAGAGGCUGGACACGCAAACUUUAAUGGCUUUGAGGCCAAUCUUUGCCAGCGUGCUGGGAGCUGGGACCUUGGAUGGGGUUUUUGUGCCCAGAGGCCAGGGUGGAGGUCAUAGUAAUUUAUGUGAAACUGUGGGGAAAAAAGCUUUGGGACUUAAUGCCUCCUGCUCCCAGCCAGACAGCAAUGUGGCAGUGCUGAUGCCAGCAGUUCCUCAUGCGCAGAGACAGAUGCCGGAGGCUCAUCCGCCUUCUGGGCACUCUGAGCAAGAGGCUCAGGCUGGGGAUCAGAGCUUCCCUUCAGAAACCACUCCUGGAACUGCUGCCGAAUCCACUAAUGAAUCAUUCCAGGAUCACCCCUUGCUCACAGCCUCAAGUGAUGCUGCAGCCUGCCCCGUGUUCCUAGACAAGAUGCUAGAAGGCUACUCAUCUGGUUUAUUCCAGGAGAACAACUGCCUCAUGCAGUACAGUUUGAACCCAGAUGAUAAAUUCAGUGCUGGGAUAUUCCAGGACAAAAGUGAGGAGGCAUCUCUCGAUCUUGUAUUUGAGCUCUUGAACCAGCUGCAAUACCAUACCCAUCAGGAGGAUGAGAUAGAAAUCUGUGUGGAUUUUCUGCAAGGCACUUGUGUUUAUGGCAGUGACUGUCCCAAACAUCACACAGUGUUGCCCUACCACUGGCAGGUCAGGAGGACUGCUACACAGACUUGGCAGAGUGUGACCAAUGACUCCCAGGAGCAUCUGGAAAGACUCUACUGCAACCCAGACAAUGACAGGAUCAAAGUGAAGUACGGGGGACACGAGUUUUGGGUGGAUUUGAAUAUUAUGAAACUGUAUGAAACAGCUGAAUUUGACCAAAUGCGGAGGCUCUCCACACCUUCCUGCACUGGAUCCCCCUCCAACUACUAUACAGUUUGGAAAUACUUCUGCAGGGACCACUUUGGCUGGAGAGAGUACUCUGAGCCUGUUGUACGAUUGAUAGAAGAAGCCAGCUGCCGGGGGCUGAAGGAGGUCCGGUUUGUUACCUGGCACAAUCAAUAUAUCUUAAAUAUCAAAGAUGGCUUCCAACAAAAUGCAUGUUUCCGAAGAGAAAUCAAGAGGAGGCCCCUCCUUCGCUCGUGUGUUGUGCUGAUGCCAUUCUUACAGACUCUGGGUGGCAAUCCUCCAGUUCCUUCUCCAUCAACUGAACCAGUCCCUUCCCAAGUCUUCUCUCCAACUGCUGUUACCUCUCCCAGCUUUUACCCUGAAACUUGGAUUAAUAUGGAUCCAACUCAGGACUUCAUCCAAGUGCCUGUUUCUAAGGAAGAUAAGAGCUAUAGAACCAUUUAUAAUCUUUUUCACAAGACUGUGCCAGAGACCAAAUACAGAAUUUUGAAAAUACUGAGAGUGCAAAACCAGUUUCUUUGGGAGAAAUAUAAAAGGAAAAAGGAAUACAUGUCUAAAAAGAUGACUGGACUUGACAGAAUCAUGAACGAACGGCACCUCUUCCAUGGCACCUCCCAGGAUGUUGUGGAUGGAAUCUGCAAGCACAACUUUGAUCCCCGGGUCUGUGGGAAGCAUGCUACCAUGUUUGGACAAGGCAGUUACUUUGCCAGAAAGGCAAGCUACUCUCAUAAUUUUUCCAAAAGGUCCCCCAAGGGGGUUCAUUACAUGUUCUUGGCUAAAGUACUGACAGGAAGAUACACAGUUGGCAAUCAUACCAUGAGGAGACCUCCACCUGUGAACCCUGGUAGCAUCACUAGUGACCUUUAUGACUCUUGUGUGGACAAUUAUUUUGAGCCUCAAAUUUUUGUCAUUUUUAAUGAUGACCAGAGCUACCCUUAUUUUAUUAUUCAGUAUGAAGAAGUUAGUAAUACAGUUUCCAUUUGAAAAACCAUCUAUGCUGCUAAAUUAUUCAUUCUGAUAAACUCUUUAUCUGAUGUGUAGCAGUUUUUGUGAGAAAAUAAGGACUUAACAGAACACAGUAAAGUUACUGGCUAGGAGAGAAGGCUUUAUUAUUACAGAAAAAGAAAAAAGAAAAGAAACUCUGAAGUGACCAAUUGUGCACUUGCUGUUUGAUUAUGUUUGUGCAAAUUGUAAAUAUUUUCCCACUGUUUAUAGCUGAAAAAUCUAUGCCUUUUGUUAUAAAACACUGUUUAUUUAUGUCAGUAAAUAUUCAUGUUUAAAAAUCUUGUUUGUGCAAAUAAUUUAAAUUAUGUGUUUUGUGUAUUGAUUUACACUUGACUUGAAAAUUGCUUGGGCUCUGAUCUAAAUCAGAAGAUUCAAAUAAUUUGUACCCAAGAGGGUUAAAAGAAUUGGUCAUGGAUCAAGCUAAACCACUAAUUUUGAUUGUUCAAUUAAUCUUGGAACAUUAGGAAAAUUCCACAAGGACUGGGAGAAACCUAGUGGUAAAGGGUUGAAAUGGAUGCCCAAAUACAUGUUAAUUUGAUUAACAUUGAUCAUUGCCAACAUUAUGGAAAGGAUGAUAGGGAUUGCAGUCCUUGAAUUAAGAGUAACAGCGCAAUCAAUACAAUCACCGUGGUUUUUAGGAAAGUAAAUGAAGCAAACCUGCUGUCAUUUUGAUGAGAUUACACAGGAGCUGAACCAAAGCCCACUCAGGUCAGUGGCAGAACUCCCCAUAUUAGUGCGCGUCACUGAAUUGUUCAAUUAGGUUUAAUUACCUGAGUCCAUCACAUAACAUUUCCUUCUGUUACAUAGGUACAUAGAUCUAGAUACAUAGGUACAUUUUUUUAAUGGAAAAAUGGUCUUUAAACUGGAAUCUGAAGUAAUUUUAGAAUGAUGAUUUACAUUUUAUGAAAAUCUAAAUAAUUAAACAAUGACCAUG